AUGUGCAGCGGCGACAUCUGCCUCGGCCUCCUGGCCAUCCUCUUUCCCCCCAUCGCCGUCUGGAUCAAGUCAGGCAUCUGCACCGCUGACAGCCUCAUCAACAUCCUUCUCUGCACCCUCGGCUACGUCCCAGGCCUCCUCCACGCCUGGUACAUCAUCUCCCUCUACCCUGAACCCGACGAUUAUGAAUACCAAACCAUACCCAGCGACCAGGGUGAGAACGGGCGAGUCACGCACUACUAUGUGAACCACCAGCCCAGUAACGAAGCAUUGAGGCAGCAAAAUCAGCCGCACGGGGGCCAGCAUAUGUAUGUUCCUGGACCGCAGCAGCAGAGGGGGUAUGGCACGGUGUCCCAGCAAGAGGGACAGCAGGCGGGAGGGGAGAGCGCUCAGGGAGGGGUACCGCCGUCAUAUGAGCAGGCGAUUCAGGGGGACAACAAACUGCAGACGUGA